UGCUUGUCAUAUGUGUGAAAUUUGGUAAAAUUUGGUAAACUAAUAAGCGAAAUAGCCUUCAGGUGUAGUCCCCGCCCCAAUCCCUAAGCGAACCAGAAGUACGUCAUAGUGUACAGUCUAGUCUAGUCGAAUUUUCAAAUCUAUGGCACUAGCCCAGAAACUAACCACUAGCCAAAUAUGUUUUGGCCUACAAAAAAAAGAUAAAUAAAUCUAUGGAUCUAUAUAUCGGAUUAAUAUCUAGCAGUGUUUUUGAAGACUGAAGUUGAACAGGACUAUUGGUCGUUGAAAUGAACUACAGUAAUCAUUUGAAAGUUUGAUAACAAAAGAAAAAUAGGAUCGAUGCGAGAAUCUAUUACAUAAAGGCAAAGGAGAGGACAAGGGAGCUAAUCUGUCAAUGACUUCAGGAUUACGUAAGAUCUAAAUAUUGGACAGGAUCACUGGAACUUAGGGGAUGCAACUCUGACAGUAAAUGAGUAAAUAUUCUCCCAAGAAGUAAACAAACCCAAGUGACAGAAGGCAGAAGGUCUUGGGUAGAUCUAGCGGUCCUCUUCGUCAUGUCAUCCAGCCGGUCAACUUAUUGUGCGAUGUGAGAGGUACAGAAAGCGGCCAACUUCACUAGAAUCUAGAUCUAUAUCUAGAUCUCUAGAAAUCUAGUAAUUUGUAGGCCGAAAGCACGGCUUGGUUGAAGGUUCUUCUCCGCUCUGAAGGAGAAGGUGCCUAGAUUGCUUCUGCGUCAAGAUGAGGGUGAUCAGGUCAGAGCGGAAGGACUUUGUGCAGUCCAUGCAGAUCCCGAGUCCUGCAAGCAGUGCCCAGGCCGGCGCGGGCAUGCUGGACUCCAACCCCUUUGGUGAAGAAGACGAGACGUUGGGUUUCCUCAACAGUGUACACGUGCUCCCGAAAUCCGACUCCAGUGGUGGGUAUGACGUUUAUCGAACACCAACUGAGCCCAGACGCAGUAGUAGUGGACACAACGUCUUGACUUACUCCGGCGCCUCUCAUCUCAGAGAUCAACGGGCGAGCAGAACAAGUGAGACCCCCAAGACCCCAAACAGUUGGACCCCUAGCACCCACGCCAUAGGCCCCCGACCGGAGUUUUCCAAUGCCUCUCACAGCGGGAGGCGAUUUUCCAAAAACAUUGGCAAUCCGGCGCUCCGGAAAAAGACUCAUGAGAAACUCGUCGAAGCCACGCGGACAUCUGAGUUGUACCGCUCCACUUCAGCACUCAGCGACGCUCCACCUCUGCCCUCGCUACCUCCCUCGGGAAACAUCUCAAACUCUCGUGCUGUCGGACCCAGCAAAACCAUAGAAUCUACGACCUUUGACCCUCCUAGUUUUGGCAGCUCGACGCCAAAACCCUCACGUUACCAGACUUUUGGAGAUUACAACGACUUGAAUUCUGGCUACUAUCCAGGUACUCAUAACGCCUCCAGCCUCUCAACGCCCCCAAAACCAAAGUCUGUGGUGUACUCUGGUACCGAUGUUGAGAGUUUCCACGAGUCUCUCGUCAUCCCCAGCCACAAAGACUCCAGGAAUGCGGGCAAUAACUUCUCCCCCAACUCAUACCUCGCCAGGAACAGAACCCCAGGGGGAAGAGAGUCCCCUGUGUUAUACACACAAUCACAGCAGGUAGAUAUGACGGACGGCCCAGAAACUGGCGCUAUAGGCGCGUCUGUGACUCCCAAUCAAAAGCCAGGGAUUCUGGCCCUGUUAAAACGAUACGGAACAAGAGACAAACAAAACUCGCCCCGAAAGCUGGACGAAAACAACGCGAAGCCCCUCGCCCGUUCACAAAGCACCAAGGAGCUGAAAGUGCUGCCCAAAUUGUCCAGUCACCGCGACGGCUGCCCAGCGCAGCAGCAUCAGCAGCAUCAGCAGCAGCAUCAACAUUAUCUGAAUACUCAGAGAUGUCACGAACGGCGUUCGGGUGGGCAUCACCGACAUGGUAGUGGUCAGUUCGGACGGGAUUUGGCGGAACUGGAAUGUAGCUGCAAGUUUUUUCAUACUCACCGGUUUGACGGAGACGCGCACAACAACGAUAUUGAGGCCAUCAAAGAGCGGAGACAGGAGAUCAUACUGGCUUCUAUGAAGGCGGAGGAGGAGCAUACCCUGGACAAGGUGGAUGACCCGCGCAUCAUCUUCUGGCUCCCGACGCUCUCCUUCCACCCGUACACACACGGAGACAGCAAGGUCAAGUUUUCCUCUCUGUGGCCCAGGGAGAGGGAGCUGCGAGAGCAUUUGCAGGUACGUGCUGGAUCUUGCGCGCACGCACAUGCACACGCACGCACAUGCACACGCACUAGCAUGUUCAUACUGUUCAUGGCCCUCGUGUAUCACGAAGGCCACGCCCUGAUGCGCCGCACUGUCAUGAACUGGCAGACAGACACACAAAGACGCGCAUACGCGUCACAGUUUUUGUCUCAUUAUCUUGCAAUGUAA